AUGAACAGAAACCCAGAAAGUUCGCGGAAAUACUGGGAUGAAGAUUAUGUCAAGUCUCUCGAAAACCAAGUGAAGGCUCUAUUAGCUUUACAGAGCACAAGAGGUCCAACCGAACAUCUUGACGCGCUCGUCAUAUCUGACCUAGAACCUGGUGAGCCCUCACCCCGCAUAGGCUUCGGUUGGGAUGAAGAGCACAGAGAGAUUCAAACACAAGGCGUCUUGGAAUCCACCCAAUCUCGCAAAGCAAUGGAGGAGCUCAGUGUGAUGAUGUGGAGAACCAAUCUUGCAGAUGGAGUAAGCAUUGGUCCCGAGUCAGUUAGCAGCCAAUCGGAAAUUGCAAGCAGCCCCAACACGCGUUAUAGCAUACCCAAUCACAUAUCGGACUAUGCCAAAGAUCGAAACCGCAUACACAGUCUUGCUGCCCUGUUCUUGAAGCAUAUAAACGGAGAGCAUCAAUUCACCCGAUACAAGACAACCACUCCGUUCUCAGAUUUCCCAGAAAAUCCACUCGACAUCGUUUUCCUUCAUGGAGCUAUAUUAGCAGCUGGUGCUACAUUUGAAAACCAGCCAGACUCCCUGAAGCUUAGCGAUGACUUUGCAGAAUUCAGUGAGAAUUUGGUUUUCACAUGUUUUCGACAUGCACCGACAAUAAAUAUUAUCCAAGGACUCUGCAUUCUAUCUUGGCGGUCUCUGGCCCUGGGACAUGAUCAUCUCGGGUGGACAUUUCUAUCGAUGGCUGCUGGAAUGGCAGUACAUUUGCGUCUUCAUGUCUUGGCUCUUGAUGAGAUUGCAACAAAGUCUAUCAAGCCAUCAAUUGAAACAGUGCAGACUUUUUGGUCAUUUUACAUGACAGACCGUACAUCUCUGUCAAUUCUUGGACGAAACUGUGGACUGCCAUGGCGGCGUGUCAAUGUGCCGCCCAUCGAAUCUUUCUUCUCUGGGAAGAAGGAAGACUUGACUCAAAUUUCAUUCGCCUGGCAGUGCAAACUAUGGUAUAUGCAUGACCAGAAUAUGGAUCAAAUAUUUUCAUCGUCCUUUGAGAAACUUGCCCCUGCAGAUCAAAUACAUCUCCUCAUCUCUACUCACAAAGACUUGAACAAAUUUUUCAAGUCCCGUGAUCAACGACUGACAAUCACCCGUGUAGCUGCCUCGAAGCCUGUUCUUCUUUUCCACAUGGCAUACCAAAUGGCUGUUUUAGUCACUAUGCCCCCAUUCCUCCGCCUUUUAGCAACAUCCAAAGUCGAGAAUCCAAAGAUUUUGCAAGCAAUGCCGUUGGUAUUGCGGUCGAUUGCCUCUGCAGCAGCAUCAAUGGUCCGCCUUGUGCAAAAAUACACGAAGAAGUACGGAUUUCGACACGCCAACCCGUUGGUGAUACAUCAUCUUCUAAGCGCAGCGAUUGUGCAUCUCAUGAAUGCAACAACUACAUCGCACGCAUUUCGAAGAUACAGUACUCGUUCAGUACGAACGUGUCUCACUCUGCUUCGGGAACUCGGUCGCUACUGGGUCUUACGCUCGCGAAAAAGCGUGGACGUUAUUAAGGCUUUAGCACGAAGAUGGAAUGUCGAGUUCGUGUUCCGAGAGAACACAUCGGAUAAAACCGAUGAAAACGUAGACACGGAGCCAAAUUCGGAAAAUGCUGAUCCUUUCGCCCCAAUUCCCGAUCCGACGCCAGAGUCCAAAAUGAAUACAGACAACGCUGCAGCCAAUAUACCGCCCGAAUUCUUCAGCGAGACUUCGGAUCUUCAUAUUGGCAUGGCAGACGAAUGGCAACCGUUUCACUGGAACACAGAGCUGCAGUUUGAUUUUCCAAGUAUUCCUUUCUCUGAAAUUGAGUAUGAACCUUUCGAUAUAUCCCAUGUGUUCCGAUUUGGUAGCUGUGAUGACCGGUCUCGGGGAUCUACGGGCUGA